UGUGUGUGUGUGUGUGCCCUGCUGGGAACCUGUGGGCGUGGUGUCGCCGCUAUCCACACGUGCAAAUAGUUAAAACUGUUGACUAAACGUCGGGACGGUUUGUCUGAUGUUCACCGUGGAAUAGAACACCGUACACAACUAUUUCCUAUCGUAGCUCGACAGAGGUACGGUCGUCUUUUUUUCUGUUGUUUUCUGUCCAGACUUUGUCAGAGAAGCUGUUCCUGUCUGUUCCACAUACACACACACAGACAGGAUCAACAUGCUCUCUGAGUACGGAUGCGCGGUCACGAACAGGUUCGGGAACCUUCUGGACGACGAUGCUGACCCGUUUGACCUGAUCUCCGAAGUGGAAAAUGAAAAAGAGAGAAAGAAGAAAAAGAAGGAGGAAGAGGAGAGGAGAGGGAAGCAGAAAAAGGCUGUCCAGAAGGAGUCCCAGAAGACCAGACGGGUCCUCAUCGCGUCGGAGGGACCGGUUCCAUUCCGUAAGCAGCAGGGGCUUGCCGGCCCUGUGACUGAGAACAAGGAGGGCAAACAGGAGGGGCUGAGGGGCAUGAAGAGAGCUGUUUAUGGGGAACAUAGGACCCCUCAAGGAGAGCAGCCGCAGGAAUUUUCAGUCUCUCCCUUUUAUAAUGCCGAGUCGGACCUCAGGCGCAGAGGUAGGAGAGGAGGAGGAUACAUGAGGAACCCGCAAAACUUUGACAUGAAGAGCAAGAGAGAAUAUGAUCGACACAGUGGAACCGGUAUCUCCCCUAAAGAAAAGCGAGGAGGUGGAGGACCCUGGAACUGGGGAUCUGUUGAAGAAGCUGCAAGUGAGGUAUUGGAGGUGCGGUCCGAUAGUCAUGACAAGUCUGAGGACCCUCAAAUACCGGCGGAAGAAGAAAAUCUCAAUCGAGCAUUGGAAGAGGAUGAGGGAGAGCUUGUGGUCCAGGUUGCCAUGGAGAUGAGCCUUGAUGAAUGGAAAGCCCUGCAGGAGAGAGGUCGUCCCAAAGUGGAGUUUAAUAUCCGCAAAGCUGAGGACAAGAUUCCCUCAAAAGCCAAGGUUAUCCACCAGUCAAAGCACCUGGAGACCCUGAAGAGCCUGAAGGAGGAUGUGGACGACAUGGAAGAUGAAGGGAACUUCCUCCGCAGGCCUGUUAAUGACAUCACCUCACUCGUGGGCAUCUAUUUUCCAAGUCGCCCUAGUCGUGGGGGUCGAGGCAGGGGAGCGCGAGGUGGUCCAACCAGUCGCCCAGAGAGGGUCAAACCACCACCACAGAGGGAUGAUCUGGCCCCAAACCCAGAUGACCCAGAGGCCUUCCCAGCACUAUCAGCAGGCAGAUAAGCAGGGCUGCUUCCCACCAUCAACCUCCUGCAGGGAAAACUGGUUGCACUUAACACUUCAUGGAUGACAUUGUUUUCAUACUUAUGCUGUUCUUAAGGUUUGGGGUUUUAGGAUACUUGGUUUGGUUGUGAUGCACUGAAAACACUGUUGAACAUCUGA